AUGAGCUCUAGCUCCCAGAUCCGCCAAAACUUCUCCUCUGAGGCCGAGGCCGCCAUCAACCACCUGGCCAACCUGUACCUGCAGGCCUCCUACUCCUACCUGUCCCUGGGUUUCUAUUUCGAUCGGGACGAUGUCGCCCUGCCUAGGGUGUCGCGUUUUUUCCGUGAGCUGGCGAAGGACAAACGUGAGGGUGCCGAGCGCCUUAUGAGGCUCCAGAACCAGCGUGGGGGCCGUGUCCUCCUCCAGGCUGUGCAGAAACCUGCCCAAGAUGAAUGGGGCCGCAGCUUGGAUGCCAUGCAGGCUGCCCUGAACCUGGAAAAGGACCUGAACCAGGCCCUCCUGAAGCUGCACGCCCUGGGCUCGAGCCAAGGUGAUCCACAGCUCUGUGACUUCCUGGAGAGCCACUACCUGGGUGAGGAAGUGAAGCUUCUGAAGCGCUUGGGCAACCACCUGACCACCCUGCGCCAUGUUCAGGUGGACCCCCAGUCCGGGCUGGGGGAGUACCUGUUUGAGAGGCUGAGCCUGAAGCAUGACUAG